AAGGCAAACCCCGGUAUUCUUGGAGUCGUCCGGGAAGUGGGAACUCCGAAUUCAUCGAAGCCAUUGCCUUCGCCAGCAUAUUGCGGUGACGACUGAUCCGGGGAUGGGGGCGGCGAUUCUUUCCGAUCUCACCACCGAGGCUCUGAUCCCGGCGACCGCCGUCGUCGGGAUCGCUUUCGCACUGGUCCAGUGGGUCCUUGUGUCGAGGGUGAGCCUCUCGCCGGAGAAGGAGGCCAACGGGGCGGGAAACGAUAAGAACGGCGACUCCGGCUACUUGAUCGACGAGGAGGAAGGGCUUAACGAUCACAAUGUCGUCGUCAAGUGCGCUGAGAUCCAGCGCGCCAUUUCAGAAGGAGCUACUUCUUUCCUUUUUACUGAAUAUCAGUAUGUUGGAAUCUUCAUGGCUAUUUUUGCAAUACUAAUCUUCCUCUUCCUUGGCUCUGUUGAGGGCUUUAGCACAAAGAGCCAACCGUGCACUUACAGCAAGGACAAGACUUGCAAGCCUGCCCUUGCCAAUGCCAUCUUUAGCACAUUGGCUUUCUUGCUUGGAGGUAUCACCUCUGUGGUAUCUGGAUUCCUUGGUAUGAAAAUUGCUACGUAUGCCAAUGCCAGGACAACUCUAGAAGCUAGAAAGGGUGUAGGAAAGGCUUUCAUCACUGCAUUCCGGUCAGGCGCUGUGAUGGGCUUUUUGCUCGCUGCUAAUGGGCUUCUGGUGCUCUUUAUUUCCAUCAACUUAUUCAAAUUGUAUUAUGGUGAUGACUGGGAAGGACUUUUUGAAGCUAUUACUGGUUAUGGCCUUGGUGGGUCUUCCAUGGCUCUCUUUGGCAGGGUUGGUGGUGGUAUCUAUACCAAGGCUGCUGAUGUUGGGGCUGAUCUGGUUGGAAAGGUUGAAAGGAACAUUCCUGAGGAUGACCCAAGGAACCCUGCUGUUAUUGCUGACAAUGUUGGUGAUAAUGUCGGGGAUAUUGCUGGAAUGGGAUCAGAUCUCUUUGGCUCUUAUGCCGAGUCCUCAUGUGCUGCUCUUGUUGUUGCUUCAAUAUCUUCCUUUGGAAUUAAUCAUGAUUUGACAGCAAUGUUAUACCCCUUACUGAUUAGUUCCAUGGGCAUCAUUGUUUGUCUGAUUACCACACUUUUUGCUACUGACUUCUUCGAGAUUAAAGCAGUGAAUGAGAUUGAACCUUCAUUAAAGAGACAGCUUAUCAUCUCCACUAUUCUCAUGACUGGAGGAAUUGCAAUUGUCACUUGGGUAGCACUCCCAUCUACUUUUACAAUCUUCAAUUUUGGUGUCCAGAAGACUGUCAAAAACUGGGAGCUCUUCUUCUGUGUAGCAAUUGGCUUAUGGGCUGGUCUCGUGAUAGGGUUUGUCACCGAGUACUACACAAGCAAUGCUUACAGCCCUGUGCAAGAUGUUGCCGAUUCCUGUAGAACUGGAGCUGCUACAAAUGUUAUCUUCGGUCUUGCUUUGGGAUACAAAUCCGUCAUCAUUCCAAUAUUUGCUAUAGCUGCCAGCAUUUUUGUUAGUUUCAGUUUUGCUGCAAUGUAUGGUAUUGCAGUCGCCGCUCUUGGAAUGCUUAGCACCAUUGCAACUGGUCUUGCCAUUGAUGCCUAUGGGCCUAUCAGUGACAAUGCUGGAGGAAUUGCAGAGAUGGCAGGGAUGAGCCACAGGAUCCGCGAGAGAACAGAUGCUCUUGAUGCUGCAGGCAACACAACUGCUGCUAUCGGAAAGGGUUUUGCCAUAGGUUCAGCUGCCUUGGUGUCCCUUGCACUUUUUGGAGCCUUCGUGAGCCGUGCAGCAAUCUCGACUGUGGAUGUCCUGACACCCAAAGUUUUCAUUGGGCUUCUUGUUGGCGCUAUGCUCCCCUACUGGUUCUCAGCCAUGACCAUGAAGAGUGUUGGCAGUGCAGCUCUCAAAAUGGUAGAAGAAGUUCGACGUCAGUUCAACACCAUCCCUGGACUCAUGGAGGGAACUGCUAAACCAGACUAUACAAACUGUGUCAAGAUAUCAACAGACGCCUCCAUCAAGGAAAUGAUCCCUCCUGGUGCUCUGGUCAUGCUGACUCCUCUAGUCGUCGGGACUCUUUUCGGAGUCGAAACACUUUCUGGAGUUCUUGCAGGCUCACUUGUUUCCGGUGUCCAGAUUGCUAUCUCAGCAUCAAACACUGGCGGCGCAUGGGACAAUGCAAAGAAGUACAUUGAGGCCGGAACUUCAGCGCAUGCCCGGUCCCUCGGCCCAAAGGGAUCCGACCCCCACAAGGCGGCAGUGAUCGGCGACACCAUCGGUGAUCCGCUCAAGGACACAUCUGGUCCUUCCCUCAACAUCCUCAUCAAACUCAUGGCAGUGGAAUCACUCGUGUUUGCUCCAUUCUUUGCCACCCAUGGUGGCAUCCUCUUCAAGUUGUUUUAGGAUGUUUUUUUUUCCCUUAGCAAUGUUGUACGGUACCAAUCUUCCAUUCUUUACUACCCAUUCUCACUACUUUACUACUUUAUUUGUAUCAGAGCCAUUAGAUUUUUACUUAGCUAAAGUUAUGUUAAGAUAAUUGAAUAUGUUUCAUUGUUCAGAUAUGUGAGAUUGGCAUAAAAUUCAUGGAUUA